AUGAUUUUCUUUGUAGGUCUAGCGCUGCUGGUUGCCGAAGCUUCCGGCUGUGGCGUUGCCAGUUACCCGCCUGCUGUAGCGAGGGUGGUGAACGGAGAGGAGGUGGUCCCACACAGCUGGCCAUGGCAGGUGUCACUGCAAUACAUCUAUAAUGGAUAUUGGUAUCAUACCUGUGGUGGAAGCCUCCUUAACGAGAACUGGGUACUGACCGCCGCUCACUGCAUCAGUUCUUCCAAUACCUACAGAGUGAUGUUGGGAAAACACAACUUCCGCGAGCUGGAAACGGGUCAAAAAACCAUCAGCGUUGUCAAACUCAUUAACCAUCCGAGAUGGAACCCCAACAGGCUUUCAGGCGGCAAUGACAUUUCUCUGCUGAAGUUAGCUGAACCUGUACAAUACAGUGAGACCAUCCAGCCUGCCUGUCUGCCCGCUGCUGGCCAAAUCCUAGAACACAACACUGGAUGCUAUGUAACUGGAUGGGGAAACCUUCAAACUAAUGGCCCUGCUCCAGACAAGCUCCAGCAAGGUUUUCUGCUUGUGGUUGACUACGCCACCUGCUCUCAGUCCGACUGGUGGGGCAGAUCUGUUGCCACCAACAUGGUCUGUGCUGGAGGAGAUGGAAUUGUCUCCAGCUGUUAUGGUGACUCCGGAGGACCCCUGAACUGCCUGAAUGCCCAAGGCGCCUAUGAGGUCCACGGUAUCGUCAGUUUUGGAUCUUCUCUUGGAUGUAACUACUACAAGAAGCCCCCCGUCUUCACCCGCGCCUCUGACUUCAACAGCUGGAUCAGCACGACUAUCGCAUCUAAUUAA